ACAUACACAUAUAUAUAUAUAUGUAUGCAUAUGCAUAUAUUAAAAAAUAUAUAUAUAUGUAUGAAAAUAUAUCUUUCCUUUGUAGUGACAACAGCUCUGUUUGGAAGAAUUUCCCCUGUCAAGUGGUCAGUGAAUGCAUCAUCAAUAUCUAAAUAACUACGUAUCAUGAAAAAAACCCCAAGGUGUGAUAUCUGCGGCAAAGUGUUUUCCCGCCGAGACAAUCUCGAGAGACAUAAGGCUACACACCAAGGAACUAAGCUUUUCACUUGUGAAGUGUGUAGUAAACAUUUUUCGCGUAAGUCCUACCUCAAGGUCCAUCGAAGAAUCCACACGGGCGAAAGACCCUAUAAGUGUCCCACUUGCAGUUACGUUUUCAGUCGACACGACCACCUGGCUACUCACCUGUCAACCCACCAGGACCACCGGCUUUAUACGUGUGAUGUCUGUUGCAAAGCGUUCAGUCGGCGUUCCUACCUCGAUGUGCACAAACGUAUCCAUACUGGUGAGAGACCUUACAAGUGUUCAACAUGCGGCUACGCAUUCAGUCGCAAUGAUCACCUGGUCAGCCACCUGCGGACGCACCAAGGCUUGAAGCUGUUUACAUGCGAUGUCUGUUGCAAGGCAUUCAGCCGUCGUUCAUAUUUGAAAGUGCACAAACGCAUCCACACUGGUGAGCGUCCGUUCAAGUGCACAAUCUGUGGAUAUGCAUUUGCUCGCAAUGACCAUCUGCAGAAUCACAACAAGCCAAACAAAGGCAUGAGAAAGAUCAGCUGUGUACCGCAGGGGCAUCUGCUGGAGCAGAUGCAACAUGGAGACUUGCAGCAUCCGACUGAAGUUGUUGGAUGUGACAUCAAUGGCAAAGACAUAGAAGAAGAUGAUGAAGAGGAGGAGGAGGAAGAGGGAGAUGAAGAGGAGGAAGAUGAUGUGGGGAUACCAGACGAGCUGGUAGGAGGAGGAAUAAUUGGAGGAGGACAAGAAGAAGAGGAAGAUGAUGAUGAAGUAGAAGCUGGAGGAGGAGGAGGUGAAAUAGGCAUAGGAGAAGAAGGAAUAGUAGCGGAAGGAAUCGGUGGAGAGAUGUUGCAACAACAACAGGAAGAACAGGCGGAACGAGAGGAGAAUCUUGGAGGCGACUGUAGCAGUAUCAUCAGUCACCCACAGAUCACCACACUGGUGUGUCACCAACCAGAUCUUGCCACUGCGGCCACCCUAUCGGGCAUUGGUGAUGAGGACGAGCAGCAACAGCAGCAACAGCAGCUGGCUGUUGCAAGUGCUACGAUGGUAGAUCCAACCACCCAGCAUCUACACCCAGCAGUCAUGGCUACCGCCACCGCUGCUGUCACCACGGCUGGCACCACCACCACGUUGAUGUAUCCAAUCACGCAGAUCUUCCCAACGAUUCAGAUGUCGGCAACAGCCACACAGAUUUUCCCCACUAUCCAAAUGUUCCCUGUUACCACCCAACUAUCAGCCGACAGUACCCAGCUCGGCCUGACCAACCCCCACACUGGCGUGGCACACAAGCUCAACGGUUCCAUCACCACCUAAACCUUUCCUUCUCCUUCUCCUCCUCCUCAUUCUCAACUUAACCCUUUAUAAACAAAACAACAACACUAAUUCGUAAAAGCAAUAAUAUUUAUACAUCUUUAUAUAUACAUGCACAUAAAUAUAUAUAUGUGUGUGAAUAUGUACACACAUAUAAACACAUAUACAAGUGUGGGGACCCUUCUUUAUCCAGCAACUAUUAUUUGAAUUUUUUUUGAGAACUAAAUUAUCCAGGCAAGGUUAAUGUACCUAUAAAUGUGUGUGUGUGUGCGUGUGUGUGUACGUAUGCCUAUGCCUCCUCACCCUAAUUCCCCCACCAUAAGUCCUUGCGGACCUACUCAUGCCUAUGAAAAUACCCCUCCCUCACAUCAACACCGCCACCACCAACAAAAAAAAAAGCACUUUUCUAGGAUAGGGAAAAAUGAAUUAGCUGGUUUUUAUUUGUUGGGGACAUCACUUUCCUUCUCAUUCAAACUCCAACAUUUUUUUAUUAUUUUUUUAUUUCUGAAGGGUCCCCCUACUUUUCACAAAUUCUCCCAUUGGUCAAUGUGGGUCCUACUUUAGUUUCUCUCUGGUCUACCUGACUGCUGAUAAUUCAAACCAAAAAAAAAAAUCACAAAACAAAACUAAAAAUGUCAUUAGUUGUUAACCAGCACAUAUAUAUUUUUCACCUUUAUCUCUUAACCUUUGACCUCUAUAGGUUUGUUAAUUCAUUAGGACAUUCAAACUUCAUUUACUAAUGACCACUCUCUUCCCAGCUCUACUCCAUCUUUUUCCUCAACCCUAAUAAUGCUAACCUGUAUAUCCCUCUCUUUACCCUCUUUUCCAAACUUAAAAACUGACCUGUGUAUCAACAUCCCCUUUCUCUCCUCAACUCCACCACCCUUUUGUCAACCUCUUUCCAUAACUCUAAAGACAGUCAGUACGAAUUCUCUCCAUCAUCCUCUUCCUUACCAAUGAUCUUAAGUAUCUUGUCCUUUACUUUCUUAACUCUAUUAUUUUAGAGUUUUAUUUGUUCUUCAUUUUGACCACUCAGUAUUUUGACUGACAGUGUUUGACCACUCAGUAGUGUGAUUUCUAGUCUUUGACCAUUCAUUAGUGUAGUUGUCAGCUUUUGACGGUUCGUUAGUAUAGCUCUCUGUCUUUGACCAUUCAGUAGUAUGGUUGUCAAUCCUUGAUCACUCGAUGGAGUAAUUGUCUGUCUUUGAUCACCUACUCAGCGGUGUAGCUUCCAAACUUCUCCUCCUUCCUAGCCUUACCUCUGAUCAUUGUUGGCCACUACCUCCAGACUCACAAAAGACCUCUUAUAAUUCUUCUUCUGCACUCUCUUCUUCCAACUCCACACUUCAAUAUAAACCUUUACUAACCAGUGAAAGUUCUCCCUUCCACCAGUUCUUCACCUUGUAUUUUUACUGUUGUGUCCACUGACCAAUAGAAAUUCUCUUUCUCCCCUUCCCCAGUCAUCAAUAACAGACUUUUACUAUUCAAUGAGGGAAACUUUAUGUGGUCAUUUAUGCUGCUGGAAAUGGCAGCCAAAUUUUCAUCUAAUCAUAUUCCACCAUCUUCAAUUAGAAAAUUAGAAAGGGAAACACGGACAACAUAGUCCUACAUUCACUCUAAAAACAUGGGGUGGUCAUGACUGGAACGCCUUUAAUUAUAGGUUUAAUUAAUAAAGUUGUCCUGUGGGGAAAGAUAAAGAAUCAUAUAAACAGCAGCAAUACAAUUUCCUCAAUCAUGCCCUGCCUUCACCUUUACACUGAAUAAUAUAGCCUUCUCCUCAACACUUCUUCCUCUGUCUUUCCAUAACAUAAAUCCCUCCCUCUCUCUUUUUCUCUUUCUCUCCAAAUCCCAGCAGUGACCAGUACAACUGUACACACACUCUAUUUCUUUAAAGCACAACCACUUGACCAAUGUAAAUACAAUAUAAUACCUUCCCCUUCCUCAAUCAUUCUACAGCCAUGCUAUUUAUGUUCAGCUGUCCUCUUUCUCACUUUGUCCCAGUCCUGCAAAUUGACCAGUGGAGCAGCACCCCACCCUCUUCCUCAAUAUCUUUUGAUUUCCUUCCACAACCGAACCACUAACCAGUGUAUGUCCCUAGAUAAUGAUGACCAUGAUAAUAAUAACAACAACAAUAAUAAUAAUAAUAAUAAUAAUAAUAAUAAUAAUAAUAAUAAUAAUAAUAAUGAUAAUAAUUAUACAAAAAAUAAUUUUUAUUAUAUCUUUUGUAAAAAACAACAACAAUAAUAAUACUACUACUAAUAAUAAUGAUAAUAAUGAUGCUGACGAUGAUAAUAAUAAUAAUGAUAAUAAUAAUGAUAGUGAUAGUAGUACUGAUAUUAUAUUUCUUUGUUAAAACUUGCAGGCCUUAUAGCUGAAAUGACAAAUCAAUUGGGACUGUAUAAGUCUGGGCAGUACUUCAUGUGGUUGUGGUUCAGAAAUGGUUGUGACUCCACUGCACCAGAUAACUACAUUGGUUGGUGGAUUGGUUUGUGAGGGGAGGUAUGGGGUUGGGGUUGGGGUUGGUCACUUGUUUAGUGUAGAGAAAACACUGCAUUAAAAAAGUGAUAGCAUUUAAAAAAAAAAUCUUACUGAUAUACACACACACACACACCCAUAUCAAUAAAAAAACUGAAUGCU